CGCGGCUCCGGGUUGACCAUGUGUUGUGUGACUGCCACCGGACGGCUGUCGGUAGAAAGUGCAGGAAAACGUGCCACACGGUGACACACACACAACCAUGCAGGCAGCUCGACCCGGACCAGCAGCGGCAGCGGCAGCGGCAGCGGCAGACAUGUAAAGAUGGAUUAGAAAAUUAUGUGCCUCGGCUGUCAUCAUCAACAUGUUCCCGGGAGUUUUCUAUGCAUUGCUGGCGGGUUUCCUCGGGGCCGUGGCGUCGUCAUCGGCCAAACUGUCCCUCGGAGCCGACUAUCUGAAGGGAGUCUGUGAAACCGGACUCCGGACGUGGGGAGAGCAGCGGAAAUUUAGACAAGCGGACGAAACUACCGCCUGUGACCGGCUCCAUAUUCCUCUGAGGCUGCUGUGUGGAGGGCUGCUUUUCACCUGCAAUGCUGUGAUGUGGACUUUCCUUGCCAAAGCACUCAGGUACUCCUCUUCCUCCACCCGCACCACUGUGACCACCACCGCCUCCAACUUCAUAUCUUCCGCUUUCCUGGGGCAGCUGAUCUUUGGUGAAGCUCAGAUAACGUUGUGGUGGGUUGGGAUCUCGCUGACCUUCUCUGGUCUCUUGGUACUGCAGAGGGUUUCACCGCAGGAUGGACAUCAUAACACAGUCGCCAAGGAUGAAUAAUAUGCCUCGUCUCCACUAGCUCAGUUCAGCCUGGCUCCAGCUGGCUGUGGUAUGUGGUGUGUUUUGGGCAGCAUCUCCUCUGAUCUAAACAUCUAGCCAAAGAAACGUAAAAGCAUAUUCGGUCCAUUUUGGACUACAGUUUUAUUAAUCAAAUUGUCCUUUUAGAUGAAGAGGAAACACCUUAUUUAGAAUCAGUGAAGAUUUCUGCCUCAGGUUGCUGUUUGUGGCCCUGCCAGCUGAGAAACUCUGCUGGCUCAGCUGUGGCGCAGCCUUGUUUAGGCCUGUUCUAAAAUCAGAGGAGAUGUUGGCCUUCAGCCAGUCUGACCAUGGCACAGCUGCAGUCUGGCUAGUGGAGACAAGCUAAUGGAUGCCUGUGCCCAGCUUCCCAGAAGCUCUAAAAUCAUCUUUAUCCACAGGCUUAACAAUGAAGCAAAAAUGAUACUAGCUUUAGUCAACAACAGCACAACAAGUCAUGAGCUAACAGAACAGAUGUGAAGGAAGGGAAGAGACUAAAAGGAAUCAGUUGACGUUUGGGGAAAUGUACUUAUUUGCUUUCCUCCUGAGAGUUUGAUGAGACACCACGCCCAGCGGCUGGUUAGCUUAGCUUAGCAUAAUGAGUGGAAGAGAUAACAGCCAGCCUGGCUCUGUAUGAAGGUGACAAAAUCUGCCUACCAGCACCUCUAAAGCUCAAUGAUUUGUAUUUGUGUGGAUUGAACAAAGAGGCAGACUAUGUUACCCUUAGACAGAGCCAAGCUAGCUGUUCCCCCUGUUUCCAUUCAUUAUGCUAAGCUAAGCUAACAUCUCUUCAUAUUUAACAGACACAUGACGGUGGCAUCACUCCUCUCAUCUUACCCUCAGCAAGAAGCGACACGAGUGCAUCUCUUAAAAUGCUGGACUAUUCCUUUAAAGGAAGAGCGUCCUUAUAAUUUGAGAACAUGCGUGCAUAUAGACUGAUCUGACACUCUUUUAGGUUUCCUUCAUGAGCAAAGGACAGGACAGGCAGCAUCAUUGGCUAUGCGCAUGAUGUCAUCAUUAAUCAGCUUGUGCAUUAUGUAUCGCAGCCAUCAGCCAAAGCUUUCUUAAUUCUCACAUUUCCUUAAGCUACUACGACACUCACUGUAAACAUCCUCCACUGACGUCGCAUUUUUAUGCAUGCUCAAGGCGAUGUUAUAAAUGAAGCACUUAGCUAACGAGGUGUUUUCACAAGAAAUAAUACUAAUGUAGCGCUGAAAGGCUUUUCCCUGGUUAGAAUUUGCUCUCUGCCUGGGUCUUUCUUUUCACUAAUUAAUUUGCCUUUCUUGAUAGCUUGAACCUUAACCACAUAAUACGAGCAUGCCACAUGUUUUCAGAGGCAGCUGGUCUUCCAUUUCAUGAUACACGCGUGCCUGAGCUCAAGCAUGUCACACCAAAGCAUCCUGAAGCGUUAGUCCACAUCAGAGCGAAGUCCCUGCGAGCCGCUUCAUUUCAUUAAACUCAAACUGUCUCUGCAAACAGAAGGAGACAGCACGUGUCCUCUUAAAUGCCUGUUGAGUUUUAUGUGGCCUGCAUUUGCAAUCUCAUAUUAUUCUGUUGCACAUUAUGAAUAUCAGCCCAUCACUCAUCACCUCUCUGGGUUUCAUAUUCACCUGGAUUCAUUAAAAGCCUCCCCUCAGCAUCCCCGGAGUUGUCAGUGAGAGUGCAAUAACAUUACACUUCUUCUAAAUCUCAUAACACUGUGAUGUGUGUAAUAGCGAGGGACUUUGAGCAUUAAUAAUUGAAGCAUAGAAAAUGGCAAUAUAUGCUACUAGAGGGAUGUUCUGUCAGCAUAAAUCAGCUAAUACUGCAGUAUACAGGAUUUUUUGGACAUGACAUCAAAGAUUGCUUUAUUGAACAGUACUUUUAAGAUCACACUUUGCUGUUUGGAUACAUAUCAUAAUAUAAAUGCAUAACGGUAGCUAUAAUACCUGUCUGUAAUAUUCCCACAGCAGCAAUGCACAAAUAUAUCAGAUGUCCUUCCAAGCGCUGCUGUGCAGGUUUUGUAUCAUGUGAUUUACAUGCAUCCCUAUUAAUGUGACUGCAGUGACAAUGUGAUUAUACAGCUCUUAUAUUAAAGGCCGGCUGAGUGAUGUUUCAUAGCAGGGCUGUACUCGCCACGCAGGAUCACAGCCACGCAUAGGCAGCGACAUCAAGUGUAUUCAGUUGUUUGCGCCUCUACGUUUUGGGAUCCUGUGUGUGUUUGUGUUUAAAGAACAGUUAAAUAUUUUGGGAAAUUAUAAUUAUUCAUUUUCAUGCCAAGAGUUGGUUGAGAAGAUUAAUACCAAUCUCAUGUCUGGAUGGUAAUUAUUAAGAUGGGGCUAGCGACUGGUUCGCUUAGUUUAGCAUAAAGACUGGAAAACAUGGUGAAACAGCUAGCUUGGCUCUGUCCAAAGGAAAGAAAAUAUACCUACCAGCACCUCUGAAGUUCACUAAUUAACAUAAUAUUUGUCCUUAACAUAUUAUAGGUAAUAUUUAAUCUUAAUUUUAGUCAACAAAAGCAUCCUCAUGAGGUAACAGAAGAGAUGUAAAGGAAGGAAGAACAGAAAAAUGUUUGUUGAUACCCGUCUCGUGUCUGUCAGAUUAAUAUGAAACUGAAGCUAGUAGACAAUUAGCUUAGCUUAGCAUAAAGACUGUAAACUGGGGGGAAUCGUUAGCCUGGCUUUGUCCAAACGUAACAGUCUCCACCUACUAGCAACUCUAAAGCUCACCAAUAAAUAUGUUGUAUCUCGUGCAAAAAAUAAUUUAAUAGCAACAAACAUGUUAAUUAGUGAGAUUUAGUGGUGCUGGUAAGUGAAUUUUGUUUCCUUUGGACAGAGUCAGGAUACCGCUUUCACUCUGUUUACAGUCUUUAGGCUAAGCUAAGCUAACUGGCUGCUGGGUCUAGUUUCCUGUUUAUUGCAUAGAUAUGAGAGAAAGUUGUGAUUUUAUUGGUGUUUGUGUGCUGGACAGCCAGCAGAAGCUGGUUAAGAAAUGUAUAUCCAGUAUAAAACCUUUUAAUAAAAACAUAAAAUGUGUUAUUUAGUUAGCUUUGGAGUUGCUGGUAGGUAGAUCUUGUUACCUCCGGACAGAGCCAGGCUAGCUGUUUCCUCCUGUUCUUAGUCUUUAUGCUAAGCUAAGCUAACUGGCUGCUGGCUGUAGCUUCAUAUUUAACACACAGACACGAGAGUGGUAUUAAUCUUCUCGUCUAACUCUCAGCAAGAAAGAGAAUAAGUGUAUUUCCCACAGUGUCAAACUAUUCCUUUAACCUACCUUUAAUCCGUAAUCCUUGCUUUUGACUCUUCAGAUUUUUUCGGUGCCUGGCUUUUCUCCAGUUAACGGCAUGAUAUGAGGGUAAACCAUCUACCUGUGAACCCACUCUCACUGUAACAUAACCAGUCAGAGCUUUGCAGUAGCCACAUUUCUAGCUCUGUGACAGCGGCAUGGCCCUGAGUGUGACAUAUUUAUAUCAGUGUGCACAUAAACUGUAGAUGUGGUUGUACAGAGAGAUUAGAAAACCACUGAAGUGCGAUCUUAUCCUGACAAGGUGUGUGUCACGUUGACGUGUUAAUGUGCUGCAGUUCAAAAAACUGUAAAUCUACUCUAUCAGUAAAGUUUAGACAUAAGUCUUGGUGUAGUGUUGACACCAGUACCAAUAUUUAAUGACAGGAGGAGAAUAAUAGAAAAAAAAGUAUUUGCAGAUUAGUUAUCACUUUAAUCUGAAGCUGCACCGACAAAUUUGAUUAGAAGGAGAUUGCUCUGAUACAAAUCGUUCAUAACAUCUUACACAUUAUGUGAUGCAAAGGUUUGUAAAAGUGUAAAUAUAUUCUGUUAAUAGGAAAUAUUUAAGAGGAAGUGUAAAUUGCCAUCUCCCCUGAGAGAAGCAACACUGUUGAAUUAUUAAUUAAACAUCUCAUCUGACAAACAAGAUUCAACUGGAUUGUGUUCAACUGGAUGCGAGUGUCUGUGUUCUCCUGCAGCAAACACUUUGAGACUUUGUACUCAUUUAGCUCAGUGUCGUCUCUUUGCAUUCAAACACUAUAAUGUCUAAUGGGGAUGAUGCUCACUGGACCUAAUGGGGCUGCAUGUAAUGUUAGCCUCGAGCUAGUUUAACAUCAACUUACACAGUGGGUUUAUGCUCCAUUAGACCUGUUCCCUUCCUUUAAAUACCACUUGCACAAACACAAGACAAAACAUGAAUCUGUUUGAAGCCCUUUGAGAAAAACAAUGGCAGACAGUAUAGUUAUGUUCAUUUGAAGCUUUUCCAUUAUUAUUAUUAUCAUUUGACACAUGUACAACUUUCUCAGUAUCAAAAGGCUGUGGGGUUUUUUUUCAUCCCUAAAUAAUAUGCAUAGAUUUGUCACAAAGGAAGACUUAAAAAAAACAAAAAACUGUAAUUUCUCAUUUUCCUGUAGACGUUUUCAAUUACUUUUAAAUGUUUCUGCAAGGAUGACUGAUUUUUUUUUUUUUUCAUUUUUAUCUGGCACAAGUAUCAAACUAGUAUCAUUUAGCAAAUUAGAAAAUAUUCAUAAACCUUUCUAUGUAUUAUAAUUGGGUACAAGAUAGUUAUUACAUUUAAAAACUAAAAUCUUAUUGAAGAAUGAUUGAUGACCACAAAAAAGGAACCCAGUCAAUAAAAUAUCCAUAAAAUGAACAUAAAUGUAAUAUUUUGUUUUACCUUUCUGCACCUUUAAAGGGGUAAAGCGUAAUUCUUUCAGUUUACAGAUGUUUUCUAAUGACGGGCUGCAAAAUUACAGGCGUAUACAGCACAAGCCUUGAAUUUACUGUAAAAGUUUAAUGUAUUUACAAAUGAUAGUAUAAUUUAAUGGUAACUGAACUUUAGUAUGGUUGUUACAACCUGUUGGUUUUUUACUCUAUCAAAUGUUUCUGAAUUUAAAAUGAGUUUAUCUGUCAAAAUAUAAAGCAAAUUGAUACAUUUAAUGUCGAGACUCUGAAGUUGUGUCACAUACAGUUUUAUUUCAUUCCCCUUUAAACAAAUACCACAGUCAAAAAGAAAAAAAAAAAAAAACAUCAUGUGGUCUACAGUAAGUUUUACAAAUGGUAUUCAUACCUGACCA